AGCACGUGAAAAAACACAAGAGUCUUGACAUGUGUCAACCAAACCAUCAAUUUUUAAAUUUGCCAUUGCAUUGAUAAACAAAUAAAUAGAACGAAAAUGGCAAAUUUUAAGCCUCUAAACACUAAAAAAUUUAAAAAAUCAAGUAGUGAAGUAACUACAGAUAAUCUUUACUGGAAAAAAUUAAGUGUGCCAACCUUGGUGAAAGAGUUUGGAGCGAUUGAUUACAUCGAUUUCAGUCCUGUUCAGCCACAUUAUUUCGCGGUCACAUGUUCUGUAAGAGUUCAAAUCUACAAUCCAAUUACUAAACUUGUUGCGAAGAACCUUUCCAAGUUCCAAGAGAAUGCAUAUGGUGGUAGUUUCAGGCAGGACGGUAGACUCUUGGUUGCUGGAGACGAGCAGGGAUCAGUUAAACUAUUUGAUACAACGAGCAAAAACGUGCUGCGGCUUUUCAAAGGCCACAAAGGACCAACACAUAGAACAUUUUUUACUCCCGAUUUAUUGCAUAUAGCAAGUUUCAGUGAUGAUAAGACAGUGAAGCUCUGGGAUAUUGCCUCUGAGAAAGUAGUGCAUACUUACAAUGAGCACAUAGAUUAUAUUAGAGCCGGUUGUGUGAAUCCUGCAUCGUCCAAUUUAAUCGUUUCGGGUGGAUACGAUAAGAAAAUAAAUUUCUAUGACACACGCACUGACCAGGUAGCCUUAAGCGUUAACCACGGAAGCGCAGUGGAAUCACUCUUGUUCCUGCCAACUGGUGGUAUCUUCAUUAGUGCUGGAGGGACGGAAGUUAAUGUAUGGGAUGUUUUUGCAGGUGGAAAGCUACUUACCAGGCUAUCUCAACAUCACAAGACAGUCACUUGCCUCCGACUUGCUUCGAAUGGUAAACGCAUAUUGUCGGGCGGUCUAGAUAGACAUGUGAAAAUUUACGAUGUUGCUUCAUACCAAACUGUUCACACAUUGAACUUCCCUAACUCGGUUCUUAGUCUCGCGGUAGCACCAAAAGAUCAAACUGUUGUCGCAGGAAUGGUUGACGGAUUGGUUUCUAUACAGAACAUGGAAGGCAAUCAAAACAAAGAAAGGCAAUUUAGGCAUGAUCGACGGUUGACAUCAAGUGGUGUUGACCACGAAAUUGUUGAACCCAAGAGAAAAUCAGAAAAGCACUACGACUACCGCUUGCGUAAAUACGAAUACGCUAAAUGUCUAAAUGAUGCAAUCAGAUUAGUUGUAAUGAAUAAAACGCCAGAAGUGACAGUUAGUGUAAUGCAAGAAUUAAUUCAUCGCAAAGGUCUCCAUCGGGCACUUGCUGGACGUUCCUAUAAGUCGCUCUCAAGAAUUAUAUCGUUUAUUAUACGAUAUAUUGGCGAACAUCGAUUUAUACGAGUUCUCAUUGAUGUUGGUAUGAUCUUACUCGAUGUAUACGAGGAUGAAUUCCAUGAGUUUACGGGUGAUCUUGGCAAACAGUUUAUUCAACUUGCUGACGUUUUGCAAAAGGAAAUUCAACUGACAUACGAUUUACUUGAAUUUCAAGGCUCAUUGGAGCUUCUGGUUGCAGUAGCAAAUAUAUCUUCAGACGACAAAAGUGACGAUAAUCCCAUAAGUUUCUUGGAAGCCGAUAAGCGUCCAAGUAUAAAACAGUCCGAGAUGGCAAAGCAAUCGUCUAUUCUCACUGUUUGAAUGUAAAGAAAAACUUUACAACAAACUCUAAUCAAUUUAAUUUUUUUUUUUACUACAACUUAAUAAAUCCAAAUAUUGUAAUA